GCGCUGUUGGAAAUGUGUCAGCUGCCGACCAUCAGGACACAAGUCAACAGUUUGAGGCGAGGAUAAAGAGCGACGUCGAGAGAUUUUUUAGGCUCCGAGCUCUCACAUAACGGAUUCUGCUCCUUUAUCAUGGAAGAUGGUGCGAAAGAAGACCCGGCCCAGAGUAAAGUGCCUAAGUUCCUGGGUAAGGCUGGCUGGGUGAAGAAGGCCCCCGCCAAGUUGUUGGCGACCUACAAGGACCGCUUCAUCCAAGUGGAGAGGACAGAGAUGGUGGUUUAUGAAAAUGAGGACCUACAGAAUUGCUUAGAGAGGGUUAACCUGGAAAACUAUGAUGACUGUCACGAAUUAAAGAGCUCCUUCAGUAAGAAGCAGAGACUGAUACUGAUUCGAUCACCCAAAUCUGGAAAUAAGGUCAGUGAUGUGAAGUUCAGAACUCAGAAUGCAGAGGAGAAGGAGGCUUGGAUUAAAGCCCUGAAUGAUGGCAUCAAUCGAGCAAAGAACAAAGUCUUUGAUGAGGUGAAGGUUGAUGAAGGCAGUAAUUUAGAGCAUGUUACUCGAUCAAGACCCAAAGGGAACCGUAACCGCCGGCCACCGACCAGGAUACACAUGAAAGAGGUAGCUGAUGUGUCAUCUGAUGGUAUCCUGCGUUUAGAUCUUGAUCUUGAGGAUGCCAUAAUGCCUAAUGGGACCCAUCAGGCUACUGUAGAUGGCAAGGAGAUCCCCAAAGAAGCAAAAAAAGUACCCAUGCCUUCGUCCAAUGCUAAGGACGUAGCAGAGAAACAGCUGGAACCAUUGGCUGAAGAGGUAGCUGAGACUGAGCCAGAGGCUACUCCCCAGAAAAAGGUCAUCAAACCUCCCAUGCCCCCUGUCAAAGAAGUUAAAUGGAUUACAACACCUGAGGAGGGAGCUGAGAAGAGUGAUGGCUCAGAGAAGAAGGUUGUGAAGCCGCCUAUGCCCCCAACUAAAGAAGCCAAGCCCUCUUCGUCUCCUGUUGAAGAAACUUCAGAAGAUGCUAAAACUGAGAAGAUAUCUGAAAAAAGUCCUGAUGCCAAAAAGAAGACAGGGCCACCACCAGCCCCUCCCAGCAAACCCACGAACAGCUCCAUGAAGGAACCUGCAGAGGCCUUGCAGUCCAAGUCAAACACCCAACCUCCUGCCCCUCCUUCCAAAGAGAAGAAACCCCCCCCUCCUGCUGAAGAGCCAAACCAAGAGGUUCAAGGCACAACAGAUGAGAAUAAGGAGAAAGAAGAAGACAAUAAGAAGGAGACGACCAUAACACCCGUGGGAACAAAUGAAGCUCUGCCCAGUGUUAGAGAUGAUAAAACUCCAAGCACAGAAGGACAGGUUUGUGAAGAGGAAUCGGGGGAGACAGUAAACAAGGCAUCCAACAGUGAGCCACAAGUGCCUGUUUCACAGUCUCAGACAGAGUCACCUAGAAAGAGCCCUAGUCCUCCUCUAAGCCUCAAGAAAAAGCCCUCAGAAUUACAUGAACCCAACACACUCAUAGAAGACAACACAACUGGAACUGGAGAAGAACCUACUUCACAGGUGCAGACAGCCUCAAAUACCUCUAUCAAAGCAGAAGAGGCACUAUCUAAGAUUGAAGUCCAAGCAGUGGUGGUCUCUCUAAAUGACCCUGUGGUUGACAGUCUCAGUUUGAGUCCGCUGCUCGGCCACUUGCCUGGGGAGAAGAAAAAAAAGGCAGAGGAGAAAUCUGUAGAUAGCGGCCAGCACUCAGACAUUGACAGUGAAGGCUCUGUUGAAGACACACUGGCGGCUUCCACAGCUGCAAUGAGAGGAAGCCACCCUGCUUUGGACGUGUUGGACGCCUGUGAGGACGAGAUUCAAAUCUCUGUUAAUUUAAAGCCAGCACAAGCUGCAACCAAGCCUCAAGUUGCUGCAAAGGUCUUUCCCAUCCGGCGCCCACGGCCCACUACUCCUCUCAAACCCUCAACUAAGGCUAAGUCGGCCUCUAGUGGAGAUCUGUUGUCUGACUUUUCAGACAGUGCUCAGGUAAGACAGCAAAGCAGAACUGUUUCUGGAAGUGACGGGGCACCUGGUGAUGACGUCACGAAACUUGAGACUGAAGUGACUCAGGAGAUGGAAAAAACGGGUGAGCUCCUGAGCAGAGUGUCCCAGUCCCAGGAUGGAAAGGGUGGGGAGGGCAUGCCAGAGGAUCUGCUGGCCAAGGCCAUGGAGAAGCUGAAGAUGGCCGAUAAUGUCCUCAGGGAGGUCAAGAAACUGAAACUUGCAAAGAACUUAAACAACAGGAACAGCUGGUGAAUGUCAGUCACAGCAGAUUGACUUGAAAUGAAUUGUUUGUUAAAUCCCUCCACUGAACAGCGAUUGUCUGAUCAUAGCUUAGCAAAUGUAACUAGGCAGAGCAGGCCUGUCAAGCUUUGGAUUUCUUCACACAGGGUAAAUGAGACUGUGGUACGUAAAUGGGAUACUCUGCAGAGUUUGGAUGGUCUUUGAAUGUCUUUUUUAGCCUUUCCAAAACCAAAACCAAAAAUUCAAUAUUGAAUUAAAUAGUGGUUAUCUGCUUCAACGUUAGCAGCAGCUGUUAGCAUGUCUGGCUAACUAGCUUAGCCAGAACUAGUUAGCCAGACAUGCUAGCUUGGUAGCGUAGCUUAACCAAGCAGAGCAACAUUAGGUUUUAAGGUUACAGGUUACAAAAAAACAUUCACAAUUUGCACAUCAACUAUGUACUUUUUACCCACUGUGUGAAAGGCAGUUCUGGAUACUAUUAGACUUAUCCACUAGCUGCUAUUAGCCUAUCCUGAUCUUACUUUGAUUUGGUUAUUUACACUCCAGCAGCUCUGGUCGGUGUUACCCGAAAUUACAUUAUUUUUGCUUAACAUACUGGUUAUUCCUCGUACUAAAAGCCUUUUCUCUUGUAACAGCGAGGAACUUUGACCAGAGACAACAUUUUUGAUCAUCUCACGGAGCUAACGCUAGCUUAUCUAGCUGGGUAGCUACAGCCGAUAAAAUCAGAAAUUGACAGUCGCCGGCUGGAAAUAUAAAGCCGCACUUGUCUACCUGUCUGAAAAUCAAAGACCCACUGUUUAAAAAAUUUCAAGUUGUGACUGUGCCAGAGGUAUCAUUGUAAACAGUGUUAUGUCCUGCGCAAGGAUAAAAAGCUUGACAGGUGUAGUGACAGUAAGUAAGGAGCACAGGGCUUUGUGAACAGACAGUUGGUAUACUGAGUCAAAACAAUGGAGGUCCUUCUUAUUUAUGCAGCACGUGCAACUGUUCGCUCGUAAUUAAUUAAGUGCAAUUAUUGUUAGUUUAACUUUCUCUACAGCUGAAAGUCAUGCUUAUGUUCUACUGUGUGUUGUUGCUUUUUUUGUUAUACAUGAAAUAUUAGCCAUUUUCAAGAAUAAUUACUUUGCAGCUAAUUUGAGAAUUAAUAAUAUAAUGACCUAGCAAUACUAAAAAUGGUAAUACCAAAUGACAGAGCAAUUGUAAUAGUUUACUGAACUUCAUAGUCCUUUUUCUCCUAUUUUCAGAUAGCACAUACCCUAAUUGCUAGCAUAGUUUAUAUGAGGGAAUUUAUACUGUACAUAUAUUAUAUUUUUAGUGUUUAUUGUUGAUAAGGAAAAAGUGUACCAACAUAGCUCAGGAGUCUUUUCAGACUAAUCAUGUGAUUAAAGCAAAUGUUA